CCGUCCGGCCGUCCGCAUUCAGAUUAAAGUGUUAAAGUUUUUUUGCUCCUUGAUAGUUAAAUUUAGAACUUAUCAUAAUUCAGCUUGACAACCUCAAAUUGGAGUUCACUCCUUGUAGUUAACUUUAUGAUUUUAGUAAGGAAAGUUAAUUCAAAAAUGUUAAAGUUUUUGUUAUUGUACAUCACUUUGCAUGGAUAUGGAAAUGUAAUUACAAGAACAUAACUUUACAUUGGGAUGCACAUGUACAUUUGAUUGUACAUGUUUUACCACUGUACCAUCCAUUCUUAACUUUACCAAACCUCUAUUAAAAUUGAUUUUGCUUUGGUUACAUAUCGAAGGGAAAAGGGUCAUUCAUGCAUGGGUGGUUCUUUUGUAUCAAAACGAAUACCAUUCAUGUGAAUAUAUGUUCCAUAUAAAGUACAUUUAUUAGAUACUGACUGCCCCACAACCAUACCGGUACUGUCACCCCAUUUGUCCCUACAUCUUGUGGAAUGGGGGUAUGAUGGAAUUGGGGGAAGGAUGGCUGGAGUUUGGUGGGGUGAGGUGAGGUAGGAUGUGGGGGAUGGGCAGGAUGGAGUGGGAUGGUAAGGUGGGGUGAUGUGAUGCGAUGAUGGGUUAGUGGGAUGUGGAAAUUGGAUGGAAUAAUAAUUGGUUGGAGAUAUGUGGUGGGAUGAUGGGGUGGGGGAUGAUGGAAUUGGGCUCAGGCUGUGAUUAUACCUGGCACGAUGUGAGACAGUAAGGCGCUCUCUCUCCCCCCCCCCCAUCUCCCUAUACCCUAUACAGCCCAGAGACUAUUGUUAUCGGUACCUAACACAUCCCCAGAUACCUCAAAAGAAUUCCUGCGAUUCCGGUAUCACCAUGACCAAACACAAGGGGGGGGGGGUCCCUCUGCCACAUAUCAUGCCACAUGUGGUAGAGAUGGGAUGGGGUUAAUUUUGGGUUUAAUGUAUGAGGAACUUCACAUAUGCACCAUUCAUUGAUCUUUUAAAUUUACACACAGGUGUACUAAUGUAUUUCUGCAGAUCUACAAACAGUUAUUUUUCACUGGGUCCACAUCCCCUGGGCAUUCCACACUCCUAUUAUGCCUAAUCCCUUAGCCUAAUCCCUUAGCCUAAUCCCUUAAUGCCUCCUGCCUGUUCUUUUGCCUGUUAUAGUAAAUGAAGGGAUUAUUGAGCUAUUUGUAUUUAUUUUUUACUACUUAAUGAUCUGUGACAGUCCAGUUUAAAGACUCAGGACCCUUCACUGUCAGGGAUUUUACUGACCAAAGAGUUGAGAAAAGUUUGCCUGAUAUUGUCUUGCCAAUUUUUGACAUUCUUUGAACACAGUCUGCACAUGUCGAUAAUCUCCUUUGCAGUCGUCUUUUAUAAAGAAAUAUAUCCCUUUGAAUAUUAUCAUUAAACUGUUAAGUGAACAGGGGUCUGCAUACCUGCAUUUAGUAACAUGGGGUAAUUAGAGAAUAAUGCAUUCCUGAUUGUGGUGAAACUGCACAGAUCUACUAUAAGUACACUGUACAUGUACAUGUAGGCCUACAUGUACAAUACAAUACAUGCACAUUACAUGCACCAGCGUUGUCCAGCUUUUGUGCUCUACACUUUGUCUUCUCUUCAGCUUCUGCAUUCUAUAAGAGCUUCCGACAAAGAAUCACAUGGCAGGAGAAAUCAUCAAAGAUCUGGACAACAUCAAAACUACGGUGGACGCUUUCGUUUUGGCCUGCCUCUAUAAGAUAAUUCUCUUCAUCUUCAUCAAACACAAUGGAAUGCCACUCAUGCCACAAGACAUACAAGGGUGCCAAGACCCUGCAGAAUCACAAGUGUACGUGGUGCAGUGACUGCAACAGAAUUUAUUCGUCAUAUCAGAGACUUCAACAUCACAAAUGCAAUCCCCAUACUUCAUCAAAGACACCACAUGUGUCAUAUGCAGCAGCUGUGAAGAGUCAAGGCUCUAAUCCAAGAAAACUACCGACUACUGCUGUGGAUUCCUUUUCCUCACAGUCUACCCACCCUGAUGACCAGUCGCAACUAUCGCAGCAAAUAAGUACCCACCCUGAUGACCAGUCUCAACUAUCGCAGCAAAUAAGUACCCACCCUGAUGACCAGUCUCAACUAUCGCAGCAAAUAACUACCGGUACCAAACAUGUGUCAUCUCCACUGGCAAAACACACCAUAAAUCAUGACAGUCAAACACAAUUAGAAAGUGUUAGUUUUCAAGGCAGAAGUCAACGGAGCUUUGCAUUUCAUAGAAUAGAUGUAGGUUUGCAGAUGCGACUUUGUCAACAAUUGUCAUUGCCACUUGUCAGUAUUUUACCCGAGUGUAACUUGGCUCACUCAGCAGGGAAACCGGCAUCGAUUGCACCUAUUAUUGGCGAUGGAAACUGUUUCUUUAGGACUCUCAGUUAUUUAGUUACAGGAAGUGAAAGAUUUCAUGGUGAAUUGCGAAGUUUGGUUGUGUCCCACAUGAAUGUUAUCAGGAUGCCUGUGGAGAAGUUUUGCUUUGAUGAAAGGACGUCUCUACCGGUUUAUUUAGCUCGGAGUAAUAUGUCACAGGACGGUUCAUGGGCCACUGAUGUGGAGAUAUUUACUGCUGCUCAUCUUUUGGGGACGGAUAUUUAUAUUUACUCAGCUGGAAACAACAACACUGCAAAUCCCAGAUGGCAUAAAUUUACAGGAAAGAUGCUGGAUAGAAAUGCUCAAGUUAGUGACCGAUCGUUCUAUAUUCAUCACAAGAAUGGUAACCAUUAUGAGGCAGUAUUGAGCGUUCAUCAGUCUGGUGAAACAUCUCUCAUGGAGAUGCGCACUGAAAACAACACAACAGAAUUUACUUGGCUUGUACGGGAAUUCAACCAGCAGCAACAAUUUGCUUCUAAGAAAAAACAGGUCAGUGUCAAGUGCCAAUCAUCAACACAGAUAGCUAAACAUCGCUUCAGUCAAACUCCCACAACAACGGAAACUCUCAAAACAACGGAAAAACAGUCGACAAAUCAAGAUCGCCUACCCAGUGAAUCGAGUCAAACAGUACAAAUGGAAAAAAGCAAGAUGGAACUUAAAAGAGAAAAAGAUCGCCUUAGGAAGCAACUGAGACGAAAAGACCCAGAAUUUAGGAAAAAGGAAGCUGUGUGGGAAAGCAAUUGCAAAAAGAAAAGAAGAGAUGUUUCAGAGAUCAGAGACGGAGAGAAGGCAAAAGAGUUAGAAAGUGUACAUCGAAGAAGAAGUAACCCAGACUACAGAAGUAAAGAAAAAGAAAAAGAAUUAGAAAGUAUUCAAAGAAGAAGAAGUAACCCAGACUACAGAAGUAAAGAAAAAGAAAAAGAAUUAGAAAGUGUACAUCGAAGAAGAAGUAACCCAGACUACAGAAGUAAAGAAAAAGAAAAAGAAUUAGAAAGUAUUCAAAGAAGAAGAAGUAACCCAGACUACAGAAGUAAAGAAAAAGAAAAAGAAUUAGAAAGUAUACAAAGAAGAAGAAGUAACCCAGACUACAGAAAAAAAGAAAAAGAAUUAGAAAGUAUACAAAGAAGAAAAAGUAACCCAGACUACAGAAGUAAAGAAAAAGAAAAAGAUUUAGAAAGUAUACUAAGAAGAAGAAGUAACCCAGAUUACAGAAGUAAAGAAAAAGAAAGAGAAUUUGAAAGUUUGCAUAGAAGAAGAAGUAACCCAGAAUACAGAAGUAAACAAAGAGUAAAAAAAUUGAAGAGUGUACGUCGAAGAAGAAGUAGCCCAGGCUACAGAAGUAAAGAAAGAGUAAAAGAAUUGACAAGUUUACAUAGAAGAAGAAGUAACCCAGAAUACAGAAGUAAACAAAGAGUAAAAGACUUGGAACUUGUACGGAGUAAACGAAAUAAAUGCAAACCUAAUAAGUCAGCUAAGGAUCAUGAAAGAAUCCGGAAAAGAAACCAGCGAAUGAACACAAGCUACUUCCAACGUGAAAGGCAACUUGACAAAGCAAGAAGGCAACAACAAAAGGAAAGACAGCUCUCUGUGACGGAAGUUAAAAUAAAGUUUUUCUUUGACACCAAAGAAGGGCCAAAUUAUGUUUGCACAUGUUGUAAUGGUUUAUUUUAUCGACACAGUGUCAACGUUGCUUCAAAGAUGUCAUUGGAAUCCAAAAACAUUCAAGCCACUCUCCUCAAUUCAUGCCUCCGUGGAAUAGUCAGCCAAGCUGGAGUUGAGUGGAUCUGCAAAACAUGUCAUUCUCAUAUGUUGCUGCAUAAACUUCCACCCAUGGCAGUUGCCAAUGGUCUUUGUUUUGAAGAUGUUCCUGCUCCACUGAAGAACUUGACUACAUUAGAGGAAAGAUGCAUAUCACCCCGUAUUCCAUUUAUGCAGAUAAGAGAAUUAGGGAGAGACCACCAAUUUGGCAUCAGGGGGAAUGUUGUUAAUGUACCUGUUGAUGUGUGUAAAACUGUAGCUGCACUCCCUCGCUCAUUUCAAGACACGGAGACAAUCCAGUUGAAAUUAAUGAGAAGAUUGAAAUAUAAAACUCCAUAUCACUAUGAAACUGUGCGACCAAAGAAAAUAUUUGAUGCUGCUGAAUGGCUUGUGAAGAACAGUCCGAUUUACCAAGAUGAAAAUAUACAGUUAGAUAUGGCCUGGAAGAAUCAAGAGUGGAAUGACACAACAACAGUUAACUUCAUAGCGAAACAUGAUGACCUGGAUAUGAACGUAGAUACACAGGUUGGCAACAUUGAGGCCAGUUUGGAUGAUGACGAUGAUAUCAGUGGUGAGAAUCGAAAUAAAGAGUCUGACGACUGGACUGAAAUUUCCACUGCAGAGCAAUUUUCAGGGGGUAAUAGGGACACAAUGCUUUACCCCAAUGACUUCACAAGUGAUGGACAACAUGCAUUGAAAAUAGCACCAGGAGAAGGUAAUCAUCCCAUCAAUAUUUUCUUGGAUAAAGAUUGUGAGGAGAAGUCAUUUCCCACCCUCUUCUGUGGUAAACGUAGGCUGGAUAAUGCACAACGCACAACUCCACUUACAUAUAGCUCAAUUUGUAAAGCUGAACUACGCAGUGCUGACCGACGGUUUGCUAUGUCAGUUCCCAAUUUGUUUUUUAAACUGAAGAAACUUCAAACUUUACAGAUCAGAGAUCUGGCAAUGACUGCUCUGCGUAAAACAACAAAUGUCAGUGAUACAUAUACAGCUGGAUAUCUUAGACAACCAGGAGCACUUGAUGAUUUAAUUCAUGUCGACCAGGGCUAUCGUGUUUUGAAGACACUCCGCUCAUCUCCACCAUAUUGGCAGGCUCGCCAAAAAGACAUCUUUGCCAUGAUCCGCCAGUUGGGCAUACCAACAUUUUUUGGAUCGUUCUCUGCUGCAGAAACGAAAUGGACAGACCUUCUGAAGAACUUAAGUCUCAGUGUCAAUGGAAAAAUUCUCUCUGAUCAAGAUAUCUUGAAUUUGACUUGGCAGCAAAAGUCUGAAUUAAUUCAGAGUGAUCCAGUAUUAAGUGCUAGGCAUUUUGAUCACAGAGUUCAGGUGUUCUUUCAUGGUGUACUUAAAUCCACUCUUUCUCCGAUUGGACAAAUUGAUGACUUUUUCUACAGGGUAGAAUUUCAGCAGCGUGGCUCCCCACACAUACAUUGCUUAUUUUGGAUCAAAGGUGCUCCCCAGCAUGGAAGGGAUGCUGAUGAUGUUGUCAUCGACUUCAUAGAUAAAUACAUCACCUGUAAAAGACACACUGAAGAUGCUGAGUUAUUGGGAUAUCCAAGUUACAUGAACACAAACACACAAAGACCUGUAAAAAAGGUGGCAAACUUGUAUGUCGAUUUGGAUUUCCAAUUCCUCCAAUGUCUGCUACAUCAAUUCUUGAGCCCCUGCCUGAUGAUGUGCCACCUGAAGCAAAAGCAAAACACCAGCAAAAUUUCGACAAAAUAAAGCAACAGUUACACUUAAUGAAAUAUGGUGAAAAUAUUUCUUUCGAAGAACUGUUAUCACAGUUAAAACUAUCACAGGAUGAAUAUGUUUGGGCAGUACGUUCUUCGCUGAAGAAGACACAAGUUUUUCUGAAACGAACUCCAAUGGAAAUUCGUACGAAUAUGCGUAAUGACGCAUGUGCCCGAAUUUGGCAAGCAAACACAGAUUUGCAGUACAUAUUAGAUGCUUACGGCUGUGUUGUCUACAUUACUUCCUAUAUGCUGAAAAGCCAAAGAGGUAUGAGUCUCCUUCUCAACCAAGCAUGUGAAGACGCAAAACGAGGCAACUAUGGUGUCAAGCAACAAAUCAAGUUCAUGGCAAAUAAAUUUCUGAACCACUGUGAGAUAUCUGCUCAAGAAGCUGUUUAUCUACUUCUUCAACUUCCUUUGAGUAGGGCAAGUCGGGAUACAGUUUUCUUCAAUACUUCUCCUGAAUGUAAACGUGUUGUCAUCAUUAAAAAGGUCACCAUUCUGGACCAAAUGCCUGAGGACUGCACCGAUGUUGUUUGCACUGGUUUAAUUGAUAGGUAUGCAUCUCGACCCAAGGAGAUGGAGAAGGUGUCGCUAGCUGAAUUUGCUUCAUGUUAUCAGUGGAAAAAAAAGAAUUUUGUCCUGAAGAAAAUGAAGUCAAAGAAAGAAGUGCCAGAACAAACAUAUGAGGAAGAUUUUGUUGAUGAUCCAUUCAGACAAGAAGAAGGUGUUCUGGAAUACCAGUUAAGUGAUGGAAGUUUUCUUUACAGACGGCAAUUUCCUAAAAUCAUCAGAUGUGUGAGAUAUUCUAAAGAUGCCGAUCCAGAAAACUACUUCAGAGAAAAACUGAUGUUGUACAUACCCUGGAGACAUGAAAGCACCGAUAUUUUGAUGAAUUAUUCAUUGUAUGAGGACAGAUACAACACUUUAAAAGAUCAAGUAAACUUGACAGCUUCCAUGUUUGAGCACAGUGCACAAGAAAUUGACAGAGCUCUUGAAGAAAUAAAGACAGAAGAGCAAUUGGAGAAAGCUUGGGAUGAGAUGGUACCACUUACGCGUCACACAGAAGUUGACGAAGAUGAAAAUCAUGGCGAUAGUGCCGGCAGGAUGGCUGUAUUACAUCCAGACUCUGCAACACAUGGAUAUUCUGACUUUGGGGAAGUGUUGGGCUGUCCUGGCCAGCAGCAAACACAACAAGAUCUUAUUCCACACAGGAUUUCUAAAGAUGAAUACAAACAGCUGAUGAUCUCUUUAAAUACAGAUCAACAAGCAUUUAUGUACCACAUACUUCAUCUGAUGAAGACAGGAGACAAACCAUUCUGCUUGUUUCUCUCUGGGGGAGCUGGUGUUGGCAAAAGUCGUUGUUUAUUGGCCAUAUAUCACACAUUACUAAAGUUCUACGAUUCAAUACCCGGAGAAAAUCCAGAAGACACUAAAGUUCUGCUGACAGCACCUACAGGAAAAGCAGCUUUUAACAUUCAAGGCAGUACCCUACAUUCUACAUUUCUUGUUCCAGCAAAUCAAAAGUUAGAAUACAGGCAACUUGAUCAAAGUAGGCUGAAUACAUUGAGGUCAAAACUGAGACAUAUCAAACUGGUAAUUAUCGAUGAGAUAUCUGUGGUUGGUGCCAACAUGUUUAAUUUCAUUAAUCAGAGGCUGCAGGAUGUCAUGGGAAACAACAUACCUUUUGGUGGAAUAAAUCUGUUGCUAGUUGGAGAUCUUUUUCAACUUCGUCCAGUUAAAGACAGGUGGAUAUUUCAACAUGGAGCCACUCCAUACGCAUCCUUAGCCCCAGUGCUGUGGGAAAGUCUGGUGACAAUGUUUGAGCUUACUCAGAUCAUGAGACAAAGCGAAGACCAGCCAUUUGCCAAUGCUCUCAACAGAAUUCGAGAGGGAAAGCAGACGAAUGAUGACAUCACUAUUGUUAAGUGUCGAAUUGUUUCAGAAUCAGUGAGAAGUCCUACGAAUGUUCUCCAUUUGUUUACCAAGCAUGAUCUUGUUAACCAUCAUAAUGAGAUAACCCUUGGUGCGCUCUCAACAGCUGGACGGCACAUAUUUGCAACUGACUGUGUUUUGGGUGAUGUUACAAGUGGUUUGAAGAAAACUGUACUAGCUAAGGUUUUACAAAUGACCACUCAGCAGACGCAGAAUUUGAUGUAUGACCUUCAUGUAAAAAUUGAUGGCAGAUAUAUGUUGGUACAUAAUGUUGACACAGGGGACGGUUUGACCAAUGGAGCCACUGGUGUUGUUAAAUACAUUGAAUCACCUCAGCAGGGAUCCUCAGUUGCACCUUGUAUAAUAUGGGUUUUGUUUGAUCAAGACCUUCGUGAGGUUGGGAGACAAAUUCGUGCAUCCAAUGUACAUUUUUAUCAUGACCAGAUUGAUGCUUCUUGGACUCCAGUUUUCCAGAUUCAUAAACAGUUCCGAGUGGGCCAUUACAAACAAAUUGAAGUUCUACGGCGUAAAUUCCCCCUGCAUCCAGCAUCUGCUAUGACAGUUCACAAAUCUCAAGGAACCACUCUGGAUCAAGCUGUUUUGUCUUUCAAAGGCUUCAAUCAGGCUCACUUGAUGUAUGUAGCCCUCAGCAGAGUAACAAGCUUGUCAGGACUGUAUUUAAGUGACUUUGAUCCAAGCAAGAUUGUCGUAUCUCAAGCUGUGAAGGAAGAAAUGGACCGCUUACGAAAGAUAGAGUUCACCUGGAGUUAUCAGCUACUGGACCGGCUUGCAGACAGAUUCAAAAUUGUAUUUCACAACACAAGAUCAUUGCAUAAGCACAUUGAUGAUGUCCGAUCAAAUCAGAACCUACUAAGUUCUGAUGUUCUCAUUUUUCAAGAGUCAUGGGAGAAGUCCACAGAUAGUAAAGAUCACUAUAAACUGGAAAACUUUGCAAUUACUGUUCAAGGAAACAUUUGCUCUCAACAACUGGAUGGAAGUCAUCGUCCACAUGGCGGAACAAUAACAUAUGUUCGAAACGAUGUUAAUAUCGAAAGGCUCCACACGACAGCUUUAAUGAUGUAUGGAAUAGAAGUGGUGAUCCUCAGGAAUAUAGGAGCUAUUGACCAAGACAUCAGCAUCAUUAGUAUUUAUCGCCCUCCGCGGGUACUCGUCGAGAAGCUUUUAAGCACAUUACAGGACGUUUUGGAAAAUUUUCUCUACAACAAACUAGUAUUAGGAGGAGACUUUAAUAUUGAUGUCAGUACUGGAAACAAUGACACUGCAAGACUUAUUACUUUGAUAUCAACCAAGUAUGGCCUGCAUCAACUCAUCCACAAACCAACAACAGAUUAUGGUUCUACACUUGACCUCAUCUUCACAAACCUGGAUACAGAUAAGCUUCAUGCAGGGACACUAGAAAGCUGCUAUUCUGAUCACAAGCCAACGUGGAUAGCCAUUAGAGAUUAGAUGACCAUUUAUGAGGUAAAGUAAUGGAUCAUUAUUACUUUCCUAAGGCC